AUGUGGAAACUUUUCAAUGAAAUUACUGGCAAUAGUUAUAGUGUAUAUCCUCGCCCAUUGUUAACUGAUCUGAUAAAUGCUCCGCUUAGACUGCUGUCUGUUUGCUCUUUACUUGGCUCAUUACGUGUUGGUGAAUCUGGGAUUUUUGAAUGUUCCACAGAAAACUCAAGUCAUGCUUCAUACCUACAGUGGAUACUGAACGAUGAUACAGUUCUUCUAAAUGGUAAUCAGUCAGCAGAUGGUCGAUUUGCCAAUGAAAAUGGUAUCCUGACAAUGAGUAAUCUUACUGUACAGCAUUCUGGUGAAUAUCAGUGCUUCGAUCCUGAGACAAAUAGCAAUGUAACAAGCCAUCUAAAGUCAAUCUUUCUACUGGCCUGUGUAGUCACAAUAACCUCUAGAAGAUCAUAUUCCUACAUUACUUGA